AUGUCUCCCCUCGUUACUCGCGUCGCUCGAUCCACCAUCGCCCUGAGACCUCUCCCUGCGGCUCAGCGAAGUCUCCGCACUUCGAGUAUCCUCCGUGAUACCGAACCUUACCAAGCGAAGACACCUCAACAGAGUCGAGACCACAACAAGCUUCUCGGUGCCGGCGCUGUCCUCAUCGGCGUUGGUUUCUUCUGGUUCUACAGAGGAGGCAAGCCCAAGGCCCUCGAUGCGUCCGGCGAGUCUACAGGCAUGAAACCACCUACCAAGUAA